UGUGAAUGCGUGUGUGGCCAGGGGGUGCAAGCCCUUCUGUUUGCAAGGGCCUGCUGCCGGGGCACCUGUCUUCCCCAGAGCCCAGUGCUUUUAGCAUCUGGCCCCAGCUCCUGUUGCAGCCCGAAAUAAGGCUGUGGCCCACGGACAAGACAAGAAUGAUUCUUGUCAGCUGAAACCAGCACUGGCUGUAGGGCACACCCUGCUCACUGAUCGCUGACCGCUACUGCAAUAGACACUGACCACACACCUCCAGCUCCCCGACCGAGGUGUUAAUCUUGAGAGUGGCAUUUCGUCCCACCUACUGUGGCCCCACCAGGAUGAUUCCCAAGGAGCAGAAGGAGCCAGUGAUGGCUGUCACGGGGGACCUUGGUGAACCAGUGCCUUCGCUGGAUCUGGGGAAGAAGCUGAGUGUGCCUCAGGACCUGAUGAUGGAGGAGCUAUCUCUGCGCAACAACCGGGGAUCCCUCCUCUUUCAGAAGAGGCAGCGCCGGGUGCAGAAGUUUACCUUUGAGCUUUCAGAAAGCUUGCAGGGUAUCUUGGCGGGAAGUGCCCGAGGAAAAGUGGCCGGCAAAGAGGCUCUGGGGAAGGUUCCCAAUGGCCCAGCGGAGCAGAACCACCUCUCGGAAAUCCACGCGUUCCAGGGGUCACCUGGGGACCCCGAGAUUGCCCAGCCGGGAUCAGCUAGGGCUGAAUCGGUCCGUAGUCCAAGUGCCUUGGCGCCAGGCUAUGCAGAACCACUGAAAGGCGUCCCGCCUGAGAAGUUCAACCACACGGCCAUCCCCAAAGGCUAUCAUUGUCCGUGGCAGGAGUUUGUCAGCUACCGAGACUACCCGAGUGGCGGCAGCAGAAGUCACACUCCCAUCCUCCGCGACUAUCGUAACUUUAACAAGACCCCUGUGCCAUUUGGAGGACCCCACGCGGGAGAGACCAUUUUCCAAACAGGAACCCCUUUUGUCCCAGAGCCCUUCAGUGGCUUGGAACUUCUCCGCCUCAGACCCUGUUUCAACAGGGUUGCUCGGGGCUGGGUCCGGAAGCUCCCUGAGUCUGAGGAUCUGUAGCUUUAGCUUGAAGCUACAAUUCCCUGGGCUUGAGACUCAAGGAACAUCAUUUUUGUCUUGAUUCUUCUUGCUUUUCUUUCUUUCCUCU